AUGACUAUAGGAAAGAACAACAAAAUGCAACAGCAUAUUAAUUACAGAGUGAGAGUAAUAUUACAAGACUCUCGAACAUUUAUAGGGACCUUUAAGGCAUUUGAUAAACAUAUGAAUUUGAUAUUAGGGGACUGCGAAGAAUUUAGAAAAAUUAAAUCUAAAAAUGCUAAAACUGCAGACCGAGAAGAGAAGCGGACGCUUGGAUUUGUAUUGUUAAGAGGAGAAAACAUAGUUUCGUUAACUAUAGAAGGCCCGCCUCCCCCUGAAGAAGGCUUGCCCCGAGUGCCCUUGCCUGGUGCUAUGGGUGGUCCAGGUGCCGGUCGGGUUGCUGGGCGAGGUGCUGGUUUUGGGGGACCACCUCCAGGGCUUCAGGGUCCCGCCAGGGGUGUCGGUGGACCUUCUCAACAACAUAUGGCGCCUGGUGGUAGAGGUCAAAUGUCAGCACCACCACAAAUGAGAGGUGGGCCGAUGAUGGGUGGUCCGCCACCUGGCAUGAUGGGUGCACCACCUGGUAUGGGUCGGGGAGGUCCUGGCCGUGGACCACCUGGUAUGCGCCGUUAUUAG